ACUACGGAAGACACUGAGAUGUCCUCAGUCACAAUUCUCAAUCCUAUGACAUUACAACCCAUGCAAAAUGCCGUCUGGGGUGGUCUUCGUCAUUUUCAUACCGUCAAGUAACUACGAGCAUAUCCUAAGGUUUGGAAAACCGAAGGAUAUGAUAUCAAUUGAGGAUGUGCCCUACAAACCCUGCCGAAUGGAGGUCGAGUUGCGAAAUAAGAAGUCCAAGAGCAUCCCGAUACAUUUGACUCAAGAGUAUUAUAAUGAAGGGUUCAACCCCACUUUGGAAAAUAUAAAGGAAGAUGCUGAAUACUUCACUAUGGAGAGCAUUCUGCAAGAGCUCCUGAACAAACUCUAUGUUGAACACGUCUCAUGGAUGAGUGACAAGGCGGGAAACUAUUUCGAAGUGACCUUCCCGCUCCCUACGGGAGACGAAUGCGAGACCAUGCUGCAUUGCCUUACGCAACUAGGCAUCGGAAUUCAGUGCAAAUCCAUUGUGAGUGUUCUACCGUGCAACGUCGUACAUUCUGCUAUAGAAAACGAACAACUCGACGAAGACACUUUAUUACGUAAAACUGAAGACGCAAAACGAUGGAGAGCUUUCGUAGAGUCAAUAAGGUCGAAACUCACAGUGAAGCAAGUGGUCGAUGGUGUUAGAGGCGGUGGCGAACUGUCUUUCGACUAUUUAACGUUAAUAAUAACAGCAGACUCUUUGGCAGCUCUUGGCCUGGUCGAAAACAAUGCUUCCAACAUAGUAGCAGCUAUGUUAGUAUCUCCACUUAUGGGCCCAGUGAUGUCGAUCACAUUCGGGACAAUCAUCUCCGACAGAAGCCUGGUCAGAAGUGGCUUCGAGAGUCUCAUCUUAGGAAUGUUCCUCUCAUUACUAUUUGGAUUCAUAUUUGGACUUAUCUUGGGCACGACUGAGAUGCCAUGGGGUUUUGGAGAUUGGCCAACAGAGGAAAUGAAGUCGCGAGGGAAUGUAAGGUCGCUCUGGAUGGGUGUUCUCUGGGCUUUGACAUCAGGCACUGGAGUGGCCUUAGCCCUUUUGCAGGGCAGUGCGGGUCCUUUAAUCGGCAUAGCGAUAUCGGCUUCCUUGCUGCCUCCAGUCGUAAAUUGUGGUCUCUAUUGGGCACUAGCAUGUAUUUGGUUGUUGUACCCUGGUGUGAAAAUUCCUCAUAUCAAGGGUGAACCAUACUAUGGCAAUUCAAGCUAUGUGCCACUCUACCACGACUACUUGCCGAUUGAAUUUGCAGUAAACGGUAUCGUAAGCUGUUGCCUCACAAUAGUUAACGUCAUCUGCAUAUUCAUAACGGCUAUAAUAUUCCUCAAGAUCAAAGAGGUGGCUGCACCCUACACUUCCACGCCAGAUUUGCGCAGGUUCUGGGAGCAGGACAUCAAAAUAGCUAGAGAGGCUAACAGAAGCAAUUUGCAUAAAGGAGAGGCAGAUGAACGCACUGAAUUGGUGUUAGAAGAACUGAAUCAAGUGUCAGAUGAAGAGGUAAAAGAGAAGCUGGAAGCAGCAGUUCAAGAGGCAGUAGACGACGAAACUUAUCGCAAAGUUAAGAGGAUGAGUUAUCAAAGUCACAAUGCUGACGAGGUAAUCCGCACUAUUGGACUUCAACCACGCACUCCCGUAUCGAAAAGGUCCAGUUUAAACCUUACUGGUGUAUCUACCCCGCGUUCAGCAAAAGCACAUGCUAAGAACUCCAACAUUGCCGAUAUAGCGACUUUGGACAAAAUUCUCACGUCUCUUCUGGAAAUGAGGGACAACAGAAGAUCGUUCUAUUCACAUAGAGGAACCCCAAGAAUGAGCAGGGUGCCUACGAGUUUAGGCCGUAACAGGCGCUCCGAGUCUUGGUCGGAGAGAAUUUUCGAGAAUUCUGUGGUUAACAGCGUAUUGAAUAAUCUAAAAGCUAACAAGCGAAACUCUCCCGAUGAAGAAUUCUUUUUAACUCCAAAAUAA